GGUAACUCUCAGUACUGCUGCCGGGCUAAACAAAUCAGGUGUACAGCAACAUCAAUAAAAUCGAAGAUAUCUGCCUGCUGUAUGAAAAUACGAACGUGGAUAUGUCGGCCAAACAUGCCCAGGCUCUUCGGAAAAGAAAAGGUGGCAAAGAAAAGGAAGGUGGAAAGGAGGAGGAGUUUAAAUCUCAAGAUGUUCAAAAUCAAAGAAAAGCAGACGCGAAGGCGACGCACCUUGUUAAUGACAGCGAGGAGGACGAAAAACAUGAUCGAGGCGAUAUGAAGCCAGUGAGGAAGAGAUACAACAGGGACGGGCUGUUGACUCCCAGUGAUAUAUCGUCGGAUGAGGACGACGAGUACCCGGCUCGAGAACCAAGGGCCUAUUUUAUGUGUCUGUGUUUAUUCUCGCUGGCAUCGUUACUCACAAGGCUUUAUAAUAUUGAGCUACCUGAACAUGUUUGCUGGGACGAGACCCACUUUGGAAAAAUGGGAAGCUGGUAUAUCAACCGGACAUUCUUUUUUGAUGUGCAUCCGCCCUUAGGCAAGAUGCUCAUAGGCCUGGCUGGGGUAACUACAGGUUAUGAUGGCAGCUUUGCUUUUACCAAGCCUGGAGAUGAGUACGGGGACACCAAGUAUGUGGGCAUGAGAGUGUUCUGUGCCACAUGUGGAGCAAUGCUGGUGCCUGUCUCUUUCAAGGUUGUAUGGGUGCUCACUCGCUCCCUCGUUGCUGCCAUCUUUGCUGCUUGUCUCAUCCUGUUUGAUGUGGGCACCAUGACACUGUCCCGUCACAUCCUACUUGACCCUAUUCUGCUUGUGUUCAUCAUGAUGGCAACCUAUUCUUCUGUGAAAUUCAAAGCUUAUCAAAACAGACCCUUCAGCUUCUCCUGGUGGGGUUGGCUGUCAGUGACAGGAGUAUUUCUCUCAUGUUCCAUAGGUGUAAAGUUUGUUGGUCUGUUUGUGAUCGUGCUGGUAGGCCUGACAACUGCCUAUGAUCUGUGGGAACUGCUAGGGAAUCAAGCAAUGUCCAUGGUGGAGGUGAUGAAGCAUCUGGGAGCCAGAGCCCUGUGUCUGAUUGGUCUACCAGCUGUCGGCUACAUGAUAAUAUUUGCUGUCCACUUCAAUGUGCUCAGUCUAAGUGGUAAUGGUGACGGCUUCUACAGUUCAGCCUUCCAGUCCUCCUUGGUGGGAAAUAAACUCUACAAUGUCAGCAUGCCAGAAAACAUAGCAUUUGGCAGUACUGUAACUUUGAAGCAGCGCCGUACUGGUGGGGCAUACCUACACUCCCACUGGCAUCUCUACCCAGAGGAGCAUCCCCCUAAACAGCAGCAGGUUACAACGUACAGUCACAAGGAUGAAAACAAUGUCUGGCGCAUAAAGCCGGCCGAUCGGGAUGACAGUAUGUCCGAGGAGCCACAACUAGUCCGCAGUGGAGAUCUGAUUAGACUGGAGCAUGUGAUAACCAGGAGAAACCUACACAGUCACAAGGAGCCGGCGCCGCUUUCUAAACGACACUUCCAGGUCUCUGGGUAUGGCCAGAACGGUACUGGUGACUCAAAUGAUGUCUGGAUUGUUGAAGUGGUGGGGUCACCUACAGGCACACCCAUUCAGACUGUGCGGUCCAAGCUGAGGAUCAUCCACUACUUCGUGAAGUGCGCACUAUACUCUCAUGACAAGAAGCUGCCUAAGUGGGGCUGGGAGCAGCUGGAAGCAUCAUGUAACCCCAAUGCCAAGGACAGCAAGGCACUGUGGAGUGUUGAGGAGGUGCAGGACUCUCGAUUGCCAAAUGUAAGCUUUGAAGUCUACUCUUCGUCUUUCCUGGAGAAGUUCCUAGAAAGCCACGCAGUCAUGACACAGGGAAACAGUGGACUGAAACCUAAAGAAGGGGAGAUAACUUCCAGACCCUGGCAGUGGCCAAUCAACUACAGGGGUCAGAUAUUUUCUGCCAAGAACCACCGUAUCUACCUCCUGGGCAAUCCUGUCAUCUUCUGGGGACUGCUCGUUAUCAAGGCGUUGUUCCUCGUGUUCUUCGUUAUACACAGGAUAAAGUUAAAGCGUGGUAUUCAAGUACCUGAGCCUAUCAAAGUGUACAAUGAGAAGAUGUUCCGGGCGUGCUGGUGGCUGCUGCUGGGCUGGGGGCUACACUACCUGCCCUUCUGGGGCAUGGGCCGCGUCCUGUACUUCCACCACUACUUCCCCGCCUUCCUGUUCAGCGCCAUGUUCGGAGGUGUGAUGCUGGACUACCUCAUCACCCGAUUCUGUCUGACACUGCCGGAGAACUGGGCGGUGAAAGUAUUCCCCUGGCUGCUGGUGUUAAUCAUCUUUGUGCUGGUUGGCAGUUUCUACCUGUUCUACCCCCUGACGUUCGGCACAUCUGGUCCAAUGGCCAGUGAAGAAGGGUCCGUGAUGAGUGGCCUCAAGUGGAUGGACUCAUGGGACAUAUGAAAGAUGGUUGUGUGAUGUACGAAAGUUUCCUGAGUCCGAUUGAUGGUGUUGGCAGAGGGUAUCCUCCAAGCCAUUGCUGCAAUACAAGAUAAACCUGCCAGCAUAUUACAUUUACAAAACAAAUUGUCAUUCAACCAUCGUCAUCAUCAACGUGGUCCAACUUGAUAUUAUAUUUUCUUGACCCUAAGGUCCUUUACAUGUUUUUGUGCGAACCAUACUGGAGUUCGGAAUGACAAUACUGGUCAUUUAUUUACAAAAUACUUAUUCUGUGUAGUUUUACUAUUUUAAUGGUUUUGUUAUUUUUUACAGAUUUUAUGAUCUGGUAUUUUGUACAUUUAACCUUAAGCAAACCUUAUACGGAAGUCAUUGAAUCCUCAAGUAACAGAUCAGUUCAGUUUGUUUUGUUUCCACCGUUCUCGUUCGGACAACAGUGGGAAAAUGGCAGCUGUGAUGAAGUGAUGUAGGAAGUAAAAGUAACAAGGAGAGAUGCCUGGGAUGUAUUCAUGAAGUUAUCAAGGACUAACGAAUCAAAGUCGUAUUUGGAUAAUGUUUCAGAAAAAUGAAAUGAAAUCCAAAACUGAGCGGUAAGAUUCUCCCUGUCUUGACAAAACUCUCGGCAUGUAGAAAACAAAGACAUCAAAUGUAUAUGUCAGAAUCCGGUGUUUUGUACCAAGCCAUGUUCCUCCUCUAACAGUUUAUCAUGGUCGAUUGUUGUAUCAUAGAUUAUUGUUUCAAUUAAUUAUGGGGAAGUAGACCUGUAUUUGUUUUAUCCUUCAUUCUGAAGUUUUGUGCAAUUACAUGUUGUUAAAAUACGGAUGUACGUUUCUGAUACAGUAGAUUGCUCUCUCAUACUCUGUGAGAUGCAUCGGAGAUAGACUUGAGGUGCAUCAUUGAUGGACUUGAGGUGCAUCGUUGAUGGACUUGAGGUGCAUCGUUUAUGGACUUGAGGUGCAUCAUUGAUGGACUUGAGGUGCAUCGUUGAUGGACUUGAGGUGCAUCGUUUAUGGACUUGAGGUGCAUCGUUGAUGGACUUCAGGUGCAUCGUAGACUGCCUUCAGGUGCAUCGUAGACUGACUUCAGGUGCAUUGUAGAUAGACUUCAGGUGCAUCGUAGACUGACUUCAGGUGCAUCAUAGACUGACUUCAGGUGAAUCGUAGUCUGACUUGAGGUGAAUCGUAGUCUGACUUGAGGUGCAUUGUAGACUGACUUCAGGUGAAUUGUAGUCCGACUUCAGGUGCAUUGUAGAUAGACUUGAGGCGCAUCGUAGACUGACUUGAGGUGCAUCAUAGACUGACUUGUUCAUGCAGUAAUUGGUUCAUUAUUGUGUGUGUAUAAUAGACCUGGACCCCGCUUCAGGAAGCAGUCUUAGCGCUACGGCUAUCGUUGAUAUAUGUAAACUAUGGGCGUUACAAUUAUCUUAGCGUUACAACUAUCGUAAUGGGCGGAAUCCCGCCAUUUUUAUGGAACAUUUUUUUAUGAAUCCCCCUAAUCUCUACUCCCCCACCCCCCUUCUUAAACAACCUUCACCCAUACAACAAUGUAGAAAAGUAAUUGUCUUGCAAGUCUUUUGUACGUAUGCCAUUGCAAAUGUUGGCUUGUGUUUUGUAUUGUUUAUGGUUGUCACAUUCCAUUCAAAGUGUAUGCAAUAGAUUGUGAGGGUAGCAUGUUAUGGUUCUUGAUGAUAGUCAUGUUUGGGUAACCAUGGUAACACAUAUCAUUACACAGAGAUGACAACAACGUAGGACAACAUUAUGCAGAUAUAUAUUCAUCUUCCCCGUCAUAUAUCACUAGUACUAUAUUUAUGAUGCUUACUUAUGAUAACAAGUCAAAAUUAAGAUCACAUGCUGAUCCUGUCAAAUGCAUCUUCCCUAGGCAAUAGAAUCAACUAGCCUUUAUAUCAAAGUCUUUUUUCCACCCUUGCCACAUCAAGCCCACUUUCCUGUGCUAAAAGUCAACAUCAAUGAUUUAACGCUGCCUGUCUUUGUUAACAUGAAUAUGUCUCUUCAUCUUUUAACCCCCAAAACGAUUGCCUAUGUUUUUGUGUCAUGGAUGAAGACGUGAAUGUUUUCGUUAUCUCAUGAAAGAGGUCAUCAUCGUCUAUGGUAGUCGUCAUUUUUGUGAAGCUGUACGAGAUCAGAACAGCGAUCUGAUUGGAUAUCGUGGUUUCAUUAUAAGGGGCGCAACUCUUGAUCUACGCGAGGUGGCGCCAGGGUCGAGCCAAGAAAAGUGGCCUUAGUGUGGCAAGGGUAGAUACUAGGCUUUGAUAUAGGCUAGUGGACAAGGUUGCCUUGGGAAGAUGACCAAAAUAUUUUGUCCAAUCAUAUAACAUAUAACAUGUAAUCCUGGUACUGGCGGGUGUAUAUUUCCAAGGAUAAUGGUUAUGUUGAAGCACAUGCCACUAUGCCAUCUACACAAUGCUGUAUCCUGAAUAUCUUAUGGUGAAUGUAUUUUGUAAUCAUGUGCUAUAUCAUAUAUCUGUUAGUAUGAUAAGGGGUCUGUAUAGGAGAAAACAUUUAUUUUUAUAGUUUGUGGA